AUGUCGUGCGAGCAACGUCGCAGCAAAUGGCGCUGCGGCGUCACUGGGGCCAUGCUCGUCGGCCUGCCCCUGUCGCUGCUGGGGCUCGCUACGUGCCUGGGCCGCCGGGGCACGGUCUCCUCGCCCGGGCUCUGCUCGACCGCAGCCUGUCGCACGGCCGCGAUGGCGCUCAACAUGUCGCUGAGCCGCAGCGUGGGACCUUGCCAAGACCUUGAGCGCUUCGUGUGCGACGGCUGGCCGCGCAUGGAGAGGGCCGGAUCGCGCGUGCAGCUCAUCAUGAACUACGCCUGGACUGCGUACCGGGUGCCGCGGCGGGGACAGUCGGCCGUCGACAAGGUCGUGGCGCUCUACCAGAGCUGCGUGUCCUCGUUGUCGCCCGGCGGCGGUGAGCCCGGCACACUACGCGCCUUCAUCGUGCAGCUCGGCCUGGGCCCCGCCAACGCGACCGUGGGCAGCGCCUUCCGGGCGCUACUACAGCUCUCGACUCGGCACGCGCUGCACUUGCUGCUAGCCGUGGAGUACAACGCCAGUGCCGGGAUCUCGCUGCGACCCGCUCAGCCGCCGCCGGCGAGCAGCCCGCCGAGCUACGUGCUCCGCGUGGCUCAGAUGGCUCUGCUGGACGACCCGCAAGCCGUGGCGCACGACCUGGAACUCAUCGAGCGGGAGCUGGCCACACCGCCCGCCGCCAAGCAGAUGACGCGCACCGUGCACCUGGAGGUGGUGGCCGAGGAGUGCGGCUCGCUCAGCGACUGGCUCACGGAGCUGCCUGGUACCAACUCGCACACGCCGGUGGACGUCGAGGCGCCGACAGCUGUGCGCUGGUACGCAAACUUCCUGCGGCGCCACCGCGGGGACGCCGCGCUGCGGCGCUACGUGGCGUGGCACACGGCCCGCGUUCUCGGCUCGCUCACCCAGUACGACCUGUUCCGCGCCACCCUGGAGACCAAGCUGGGCCGGCUCGAGCCCAGCCCGAGCCUGGUCAAGACCACCUGCCUGGCCCACGCGGCCAACCUCAUGCCGCUCGCCUACAAUGCCUUCGUGGUGCGCCACUUCGCCACACGCCGCUCCCGCAGGGCCGUCGAGGCGAUGGCCGACGGACUGCGCGCGGCCGCCAUGACCAGCGUGCGCGCGAGCCGGUGGAUGGGCGACCGGCCCAAGGCCAUGGCGACGCUCAAGCUGCGCAAGCUCACCUGGGUGCUGCCACGACACCGCAGCGAGGCGCAGGUCAACCGCGCCUAUGCUCGCGUCAGCGACCUCAGCCUGAAGGACUUUCUCAAGUCGUACAUCAACGUCACCGAGCACAGUGGCCACAGGGAGGCACAUGAGGCGAACCAGGCGUCCGUCGACGUCCUCUACACGGCGCAGCGAAACGCCAUCGUCGUAUCGGCGGGCAUGCUCAACACGCCGUUCUUCGAGGAUACACUUCCGGCCGCCUUCAACUACGCUGGCCUCGGGCAGCGUAUGGCACUGGAACUGCUGCACGCUUUCGACGAACAUGGACGCUGGUACGACGAGCACGGUCGGCCCCGCAACUGGUGGGACGACGCGACGGCCGACGAGUUCCGAAACAGGCUCGAGUGCCGACACGGUGGCGGCCAGGCGCUCUUCGAGAGCAGUGCCCUGCGGCUUGCCUUCCACGCCUUCCGCAGGACGCACCAGCACGUGCUGCUCAAAGGUCUCGAGGUCUACACCCCUGACCAGAUCUUUUUCAUCAGCAGCUGUCACAAGUGGUGUGGGCACGAGAACAGCUCGUGCAACGCCGCUGUGCGCAACCUCGAAGAGUUUUCGACUGCUUUCAAGUGCAACCCGGACGAGCCCAUGAGCCCGCACGAACGGUGCCCGCUACUUGUGUGA